AAUACCUACCUGCAUUUUGUGAUUCAUCAGACGACCGUGAAAAAUCACAUUCAAUGUUGAAAACGAAAUAAAUUUCACGUUAAAAAGUAAACAUGAAAAAAAAUUGAGCGAGUUGUCGUUGGCAAUAUAGAGAUUACAUACGCGGCAUUAAUGAUUUUAUAACGAUUUCUAUCGAGCUACAGCCGCGUCGAAAAUCAAAAUCCAAGCAAAGAUGGAAGCUAUUUCAGAGUAAUCGUAUCCUGUUUUAAUUAAGGCAUCUGCGAUCCUGAACGUAUUUCUUCUUAACGAGGGUUCCAAAGGAAAACAACAGAAAAUGCAUGAUCAUGAUCUUGAAUUUUCAAACGUGGACUUACUUUCCAGCAAAAGAGAAACGUUCGCUAUCAGCGAUCAUACCGCCGCUUCGUACGCAGCAGCAGAAAUACUCGGCAGUGAUGAUCGAGAGAAAGUGUCGUAUCAUGGCAAAAAAGGCUGGUUUGUGGCCAGAUGGCAAGCUAUAGCGAUUGGAAUAAUAAUCUUCAUUAUGCUGUUUGUAGCUGCUCAUAUUGGCAGAUCUACUGGUGACAUUGACGACGACGAGGAGGAAAACACAAUUCCUCCACUUUUUUCAUCACACGAGGCAGUAGGACCACGAUUAGCAGAAAUUACUCCAGUUCAGGCAGCUAUGAUUUCAGCCCAUACCAACAUAACUACCGAUGGAUUAACAGACGACAUGAGAUUCCUAGUCGAACCCAUUAAUUACAUAAUUUACAUUCAACCGUUCCUCGAAACACCCUUGGGUGGGAAACAUAAUUCGUUCACAUUUCGUGGCAACGUUUCUGUAACUUUUCAUGUGAAAGAAGAAGUCAAAUAUUUAGUCAUCGGAGUCAACGACUUACGUAUCGUGUCCACGUAUUUGUACGAAAUCAACGAAGCAACUACCGAAGAAGCCAUACAUCAGAUAGAAGACACCAUUGAUCUGAGUAUCGAUUCGUACGACGUUUACGAAGGUACCCUUAAUCUGGAACUUUACAAAUGGCUCCAGCCUGGCAGCAUCUACGAGCUUGUGAUUGAAUUCAACGGCGAUGUUCAAAAUCUACCCUAUGGUUUAUUCAAGUCUGAAUUCCACGAUGAAUAUACUGGUCAAAGUCGAUGGAUCGUGGGCACCAAUUUGGAUAUACCGUUUGCCCGGACAGUAUUUCCAUGUUUCGAUGCUCCCACCCAAACGGCCACGUUUCAAUUAAAUAUUGCUCGACAGGAUAAUAUGUUGGUUCAGUCGAGUACACAAUAUUGGCAAUCUGUUGAAACAGGCGAUGGUUGGACUUGGAUACUGCACAAAAAAACGAGUCCAAUACCAGUCCACUCUUUAGCCUUCGUCGUAAACAAUUUCGAAAACGAAUUCAGAGUCACUCCCCAAAUAUCGCAUUUCACAAUCUGGACAGCAACGAAACGCACUCAAGAACUAGAGUAUGUACUAAGUUUAGGCCCAUUGUUGCUAAAGGACAUCGAAGUAUACCUAGGAACAGCUCUACCAGUCAAGAAAAUAAACAUUUACGGUUUACCUCAAGUACUACCGAGGCAAACGGCCAAAAUAGGAAUGAUUUAUAUGUCAGAGGCUGAUUUGAUAGUACAAGAAGGCAAGACUUCUACAGCACAUAAACAAUACGUGGGUCAAAUGAUGGCUGGUCAUUUGGUAGAACAAUGGAUAGAGAAUUUAAUCAUGUUUCAAUGGAGGCACGAUAAUUGGAUUAAGGAAGCGUUGGUGCAAUUUUUCGAAUAUCUUUUGCUUAGAUUUGUUGAACCAUCGUGGAAAACCGUAGAUCAAUUCUUCGUCAACGUUCAACAGCUAGAGAUGGAUAGAGAAAUAGCUGAUCCAAAUAGACAAGGCAGAUACAUAAGAUGGGUUCCUUACAUCGAAGAAAGCAAAAUUCAAUACUUGUAUCCGAUCAACGAAACCGAUAUUUUCAGACGGAGCGCGAUGGCCGAAUCUCGAUCACAUCGAUUGCUCCCAGAACAACAAGCUAAGCCGAACAUUUAUACGCAGCUGUAUGAAAAAAGAUUGGUGGAUAAAGGAGCCUGUUUGAUAAGAAUGAUAAAACACAUAGUCUCGGAGCCCUUAUUCAUAUCAUCUUUACGGAUUUUCCUAGAAAGAAGUCGAGGAAACAUCGUCGAUGGAGACGAUUUAUGGGAAAUAAUGACGGAGGAGACGUUAAACACUUCGUACGCCGGUUAUCAGCUGUUACCAGAAAGCGUUUCAUUGCAAGUAGUACUCGAAGACUGGAUUUACACAGAAGGUUAUCCGUUGAUAACUGUAACGCGAAAUUACGACAAUAAUACCAUCACAUUCGCACAACAUAUCAAAACUACAAUGGAUCCAUACACCGGACACUCCAGAAGGCUGAACUUAUGGUACAUUCCAGUCAGUUACACGACCGAAAAUGAAAAAUUCUUCACCGCCACUGCUCCCAGAUUCUGGUUAAAUAAAGUUCGUUUCGUCGACAUCAUUACACCUGCCGAUCUGACGAAUUCGAACUGGCUCUUAGUGAAUCCUCAGCAAACAAACUUUUACCGAGUGCAUUACGACAUCCAGAACUGGUCAUUGUUGCAAAGAGCUGUACAAAAUGGAGAAUUCCCAGAUAUCGUCAGAUCUCAGUUAAUCGACGACGCUUUAUUUUUCGGUCGUAAAGGCAUGCUGGAUUACGACUUCGCCUUAGAUUUCAUCAGCUAUUUCGCCGGAUAUAGAGAAAAAGAGUACACCGUUUGGUCAACCGUGUUACGUCAUAUGAAUUACAUUAGGCAUAUCUUGUUGGAAAACGAGACUGUAUCCGAAAUCUCCAACUCGAGAUCGGAUAUCCAAGACACUGAAAAUCUGCAAUUGUUCAAAGUGUUUAUGAGAUGGUUAAUAGCACCUGCAUUCAAUGAUUUUAAUUCGAGAUGGUCCGAGUCGUCAAAAAUGAAGCAUACUGAUAGACUUUUAAGAAGCGAUAUAUUUUUAUGGGCUUGUGCAAUGGGUAUGACUGAAUGUAAUACGAUGGCGAGAUCAGAAUUCGAUAAAUGGAAGACUGCGAACAUGCGUGAUGCUUCUGCUAAUCCCAUUGAACCUGAUAUGAGAUACGCUGUACUCUGUUCAAUAAUGCAAAUAGGAGGUACAUCGGAUUACAGUUUUCUUCUAUCUAAAUAUCAAAAUACACCCGAUACGAGUCCAGAUAAAAUUACAUACUUGAAAAGUUUAUAUUGCUUUAAAAAAGAAAAAAAUUAUAAAGAAUUUCUGGCUUCAACUUUGGACGACGAUUACUCGGUGGAUCACCUGCACAAAGUUAGCAUGAUGUGGGCAGCAAUACCACAAAGUUUCCACACUUCGACGGUGCCUUUUGAUUUUAUGAUCGAUAACUGGAGUACAAUCAGAGCUCGUUUUUCCGAAUUUAAAACAAUCUUGAAAACAAUCGUUGAAGCAGCAACGUUCAAUCUUCAAAAACAAUCUGAACUCGACGCGUUAAACCAGCUGAGAAAUGAUAACAUAGGCGAACUUCCCUACUUGGAUCAUACGUUCGAUGACGCUAUCCGAAAUUUAGAAGAUCGUAAAAAAUGGAGAGCCGAGCAAAUGAACGAUUUCCUAUCUUGGAUAAAUAAGAAUUCCAAAAAAGGAAUUUACAACAUGGAAUACGUAUACGAAGAAUUAAAUAAUAAAGUUUCCCAAUCCCAAGUUAUGACUGAGGAGAAAACAGAAAAAGACCAAAUGCGCAAUUGGUAGAUAUUACAUAAUUUUAAUUCGUGUAUUUUUUUUGCCUUUAAUAGGUCGUAACUAUAAUAAAAAAUAAAUCGUUAUAAAUUCUGAUGUAUAUUUUUUAAUCGCUCUCGCAGGCUGGCACACCACCGUCACUAAAAGAAUGACUUUAACAAUCCUUCAUGAACGAUAGGAUAGGUUCGUAAUUAUUCUACUAGUCCUAUCUAAUAUUACUUGAAAAUUUAUAAACUUUCAAGUUGAUUGAUGAUUUUGAAAUCAAAUAAAAGUGGGUUUAUGCCUUUUUAUUCUUUAUAAUCGUAGGAUUGCACUGAAAUAAGGAUUAAUGUUUUACUUGUACUAUAUGUUUGUAAUAAAUACCUAAUUGUACUGGAAUGCAUUUAUUAAUUUAUGUAUUAUUCAAAUAAAACUUGA